GUAGAAAUCGUCGGCUGCCUGUUUCAUUAUCAUCAGUGCUGAAUUUUUCAUGCAAACAUGGCGUUUUACAACGUCUUGUUUUUUUCAUUGACUGUCGUAUUUUCAACAACAGAAUGCCUUCCAGCGCCAGGAGGUAGCGUCCAUCAUGUUCAUCAUCGUAUCCACGUUCCACAAAAAAUUAAAACCGUUUACCAUACUAAAAUCAUCAAAGUUCCGGAACACCAUCACCAUUUCCACGAAAAGGAAAAAAUCGUGAUUGAAAAAGAAGCACCAAAAACUGAACAUCAUGCUGUCUCGAUAAAAGAUGACGAAUAUGACUUUGCCGAGAGUACCAAUGUCUAUAAGAAAAAACGAUACGUUCGACCACCAGCAACUGCAUCUAAAUCUACUAAAUUUAAAAAGACAAAAAUUGUAAAUUAUUCUCGACGGCCCAAAUCUAAGGAUAAAUCUUAAGUAUUAUAUUUAUUAGUACU